AAGGCAGUGGGGAAAAUGCCUGUCACGUGGUGGGGACGCUCUUGCAGGUAGCCUUGCCAGAAGAUGCACUAAGCCCAUUUCAGAGUUUUGAUAUCAACUCAAGAAGUCGAGUUUCGAGUGCUGCUGACCGUCCCGUACAAAAGUUAGAAUUCAUUUCACUACACAGGACAAUCAUUUUCCAUAAUUCCACACCCGAAAUGCCGGCCGCUCGACCACUUACCGACGCGUGCGGAUACUGUGGCCGCGACGCAAGAACCCCAUUUGAGGAGUGCAACGUGAUGUUCUACAGCAGCGCUGAACACAAAGCGCUGGGACGCGAUUUGCAUAUGAUGCCCUGCCACUAUCACCAACCUCCGUCGCAAAAUUGAAGAAGAGGAGCGACGCGUCCGCGCUAUUAAUGACGACGAAUGGGCUGGGCGCGCCUUCGAGAUGUGGAUUGGGCGGUCCGGCUCUUUCGAGACGUAUGGGAACUAUAUGAAGCGCGACUGGCCUUGGGAAAGGCCUAUGGCGCGAUGGGGACGAAAGCGUCUGUUACGCUGCAGAUGGAGGAGUACGUUGAGAUGGUGCGGCUGGAUCGGGAUCGGGACGACUUUGAGCAGAUCCCUUCCAUCAUCCCUGGUCUGAUGCUGCGGGUUGGGCAAGACCAGCGCUGCUAUGAUUAUCUGAGGAGGUGGGCGUGGGACCCGUGUGAUGGCGAGAUUCCCUGGUUGUGUAUGAAGAAAGCGAAUGCGUUUGAGGAUACUAAGAAGAUUGCCGCCUGCUGGUCGGAUCUGCAGCAGCUUGUUGCCUUUACGAAUCUCAAGGUCAAGGUGCGAUGGAUGUCAUGA